AUUCUAUCGACACUCACAUUCAUUCUGAAGACUGACGUGUCUAAAAGCAGAAUUAAAUAAAUCUAGGCAAGGGGCACUCUCAUCACCCUGGAGCGGUGCGCCAUGCUCUCUCACGCCGACCUCCUGGACGCUCGCCUGGGGAUGAAAGAGGCGGCGGCUGAACUGCUUGGGCACCGGGAGGCGGUGAAGUGCCGGAUGGGACCCGGGGGCUCCGAGCCCGGUCACCCGGGCGAUUGCCCUCCCGGCUCAGACACGGUGGAAGGUGCGACUCUCCUUCCCGGGGACAGCAUCACCUCGGCCGGAUCGAACCCGGGCGGAGGAGGCGGAGGCGGCGGCGGCUCAGGCAGCGGUAAAGACCCGGACAAACAACAGCAGCAACAACAACAACAGAGCCAACAGAGCCAACAGAAACAAAAGAGGCACCGGACCCGCUUCACACCGGCUCAGCUCAACGAACUAGAGAGGAGCUUCGCCAAGACCCACUAUCCGGACAUCUUCAUGCGAGAGGAAUUGGCUCUGCGCAUCGGCCUCACCGAGUCCAGAGUGCAGGUUUGGUUUCAGAACCGCCGCGCCAAGUGGAAGAAGCGUAAGAAGACCACCAAUGUGUUCCGUGCGCCGGGCACGCUGCUGCCGACUCCAGGACUGCCUCAGUUCCCAGGCGCCAGCAUGGGAGACGGUCUGUGCUCCUUCCACGCCAAUGACACCCGCUGGGCCACCGCGGGGGUGGGCGUCUCGCAGCUCCAGCUGCCCCCGGCCCUGGGCAGGCAACAGGCCAUGGCUCAGUCCCUGUCCCAGUGCAGCCUCGGCGGGCCACCCAAUUCCAUGGGGCUCUCCAACAGCCUGGCCAGCGCCAACGGCGGAGGCUUGCAGUCCCACCUGUACCAGCCCACUUUCCCCGGCAUGGUGCCCGCUUCCCUCGCCGGCCCCGGCAACGUGACGAGCGGCUCGCCGCAGCUCUGCAGCUCCCCAGACAGCGACGUGUGGCGGGGGACAAGCAUCGCCUCCCUGCGCCGCAAAGCACUCGAGCACACAGUGUCUAUGAGCUUCACCUAAUGCACCUCCCUGAGCAGCUCUCCCCCCUCCUUCCCUCCCCCCUCCUAGCCUUCUGUCCAGCAGCCAAACA